CACGUUCGAUUGGAAAUUUUAAUCGGGGACGCGUACGUGCGCGCACCCGUAUUCUUUGUGUGGCAGCAUAGAGAAGCGCCAAAAGAGUGACCAUGGCUGAUGAGAAACCAAAGGAAGCCGUCAAGACGGAAAACAAUGAACACAUAAACCUGAAGGUAGCGGGUCAGGAUGGAUCCGUGGUGCAGUUCAAGAUCAAACGACACACACCGCUCAUCAAACUCAUGAAGGCCUACUGCGAGAGGCAGGGAGUGUCGAUGAGGCAAAUCAGGUUCAGAUUCGAUGGACAACCAAUAAAUGAGACGGACACACCAUCACAGUUGGAGAUGGAAGACGAAGAUACAAUUGACGUGUUUCAACAACAGACGGGGGGCCUGAUUUAAUGGACCACAUUCUUCACCAUUUCCCUCCUCGACACAACCAACUCUCUCGGCCUGUGAUGCGCAGCGGCUGCUUCUUCGCAACAUGUCCCGUUGUCGUGUCAGAAUUCCUCUCAGAUGAACUUGUCAUUUCUCUGCCACACAUAACUGCUGUAUAGAAUUAUAAUUCUUACUCCCGUUUCAUUUCUGUUUUGUACAUAAACCACAUCCAUAUCGCGCUGAGUUCAGGUUUUGUUUGUUCAUGCUGUAUCGUGGUAAAUGUCAAUGACAUCCUCUCCCAGUAUGAACGGCUUGAUUCCAGGUUUGCAGACGAAUGGGACUGGUGAUGGAGUGAGGAUUAAUUAAACUAACUUUACUGUUCAAAUGUGGAUGGGCUAUGCUAGGUCAGGGUCCAGCAAAUCUGUUCUUACAGUGUUCUAUUUGGGCACCGGCUAUCACUUAGUGAACAUUAAUGUCCAGUUUGGGAAUGGGGCUGGAUUGUCAUUUGGUUUCUGUCCUCUUCAGAAAAACCACAUUUGAUUUUAUACAUUUUUAUAUAGUAGCUGAUGUGUAGAGAAAAGUUUUGAUUAAUCAUUUGACUUGGCCAAGCUUCAAGUCCUGGGAAGUCUGAAGAGAUGUUUCAGUUCAUAAACAUCUGUCUUGUCUGUUCAGAUGCCUGUUUAAAUAAAGCUUUUGUCUUUUUCCAAA